CCGGAUUAGUGGGUUGGGUUCAUUAUUAACUGCCCCAGAAAUUAAAGAUUCAAAGGGAAGAGUUUCCUCGCUGAAUAAAGGAGUUGCAGUACUGUUUUAUGAGGAGAGCUGAGCAACCGAGGGCCUAGGAAGGAAGGCCGGAAGAAAAUGCCAUCACAGACUCAGUACUAUACCUCUUCAGCAGCUAUGACUGGAAUCUUGCAGCCUCAGAUCUCUGACUGUGGAACCCAGACCUUCAGAGCAGUAGACCCUUACCCUGUUAAUGCUGUAGCACGCAUCUGCCCAGUGACCGGAUUCCAGUUCAGAAACAUCUCUGCACCCAGAGAUAAACCAGUGUGGAAUGAUCCCAGAAGAGCACGUGAACAGUGCGCUGGUGCUUUAAGGAAGUACAGGGUGACCCUAAACCACAGGUCCACCGAGUCCGCUGUCAGCAGGAGAGCCCCAUAUUCUGCAUGGACUUGCAAGCCUGGUUCCCAAUACAGAGACGGUGGCAGCUGCAAGCUUUCUCAGUACCACUCGCUCAACGACCCGCACCUCUUCAAGUACUACCUCAGGAAGUUUGGGUUUCAGGAACAGCCACGCCGUCUUUCUUAUUCCAGAAGCACACUGCUUCGACAGCCAUCAAACUCGAGGCGUGACCUGUCCAGGACUGCAUCCCAAGUGGCCAGUGAUGUUUUGUACAAAGUGACGGUACAAACAGGCAAGAAGAGAGAAGCAGGGACUGAUGCAAAGGUUUUCCUGCAAAUGAAAGGAUCAAAAGGAAAAAUGAACAAAAAGCGACUGUGGAAGAGUUCUGUGUCAAAACAAUCGGAUGGGACAAAAGCAUUUCCGUUUCACCGCGGAUCAUCGCACAUGUUUAAAAUCUAUGGGCCAGAUAUAGGGGAGCUCCAGAGCAUCAUAUUAGAGCAUGACGGUCUGGAAAGGCGCCAGGCGUGGUACGUUGAAGAUGUUUCCAUCACAAGUAUGAUCCGGAAGAAGACGUGGAGAAUUCCGUGCAGGAGCUGGCUCUCGCUGUUUCACACUGAUUGCCAACUGAGUCGCACGUUUUCUCCCCUCACUGGGAGGUGCAAUGACUACACAGUUUACGAAGUGGUUACUGUGACAGGAGAUGUCCGGGGAGCCGGAACCGACGCCAAUGUAUUUGUCACUCUCUUCGGCGAGUUUGGAAUUACACCAAAGGUACAUCUGACCAGCAAGUGCAGAACGGCCUUUGAAAAGAACAAAACUGAUGUUUUCCGAAUCAAGACCAACAAUGUGGGCCCACUAAAGAAAGUAAGGAUCGAACAUGACAACACAGGUAUGAGUGCCAGUUGGUUCUUGGAUCGGCUUGUCAUCACUGACAUGAAUCGCCCUCAUCUCCGUUUCUACUUCCCCUGUAACCAGUGGCUGAGCAAGGAGGAAGGAGAUGGCCUCUACGUCCGCGACCUGCUUGGCAGUUUGAACCCAAUGGACGUUCCUAAACUGAACAAAUACAUUGUGAGUGUCUUCACUGGUGAUAUCAAAGGCAGUGGCACAGAUGCUGAUGUUUUCAUUAACAUUUUCGGUGAAAACGGAGACACAGGGGAGAGACGACUAGACAAUGACAAAGACAACUUUGAAAGAGGAAAUGAAGACAAGUUCACUAUCGAAGCACCCAACCUUGGACGGCUGAAGAAAAUCACCAUUGGUCACAACGGCAAAGGUUCCUCAGCCGGGUGGUUUCUGGACAAGGUAAUCAUCGAUGACAUUGGAAAUAAAACAGUGGUGGAGUUCCCUGUACACCGGUGGUUUGCGGCAGAUGAAGAUGACGGUAAAAUUCAACGUGACAUUUUAGUUGGAGGAAGUCAAACAACAGGGAUCGUUUACAAUGUUUCCGUUGUGACUGGGAACGUCAGAGGAGCUGGGACCAACUCCAAAGUGCACAUCAUCCUCCAUGGAUCGAAAGGUCUUAAAAACAGCGGAAAAAUCUUCCUGGAAGGAGGGCAGUUUGAGCGUGGAUUAAUAGACAUUUUUAACGUGGAGAUUGCUGCUCUCCUCAGCCCCCUCAGCAGGGUCACCAUUGGUCACGAUAACUGUGGGGUCAGUUCAGGGUGGUUCUGUGAAAAGGUGGUAGUUUAUUGCCCGUUCACCGGGAUCGAGCAGACCUUCCCCUGUCGCAAGUGGCUGGAUGAAGAUGAAGGAGACGGACUCAUUGAACGUGAACUGUAUGAAAUGGUCUCACUGCGACAAAAGAGGCAGAAAAAACAUCCGUGGUCACUGUGGAUCUGGACCAGCGAUAUUAAGAAUGCCGGAACGGAUGCCAAUGUCUUCCUGCAGCUGUACGGUGACAAAGGAAAAUCAGACGAGAUGUGUCUGGACAACAACUCUGACAACUUUGAAACCGGCCAAACAGAUAAGUUUAUGAUUGAACUCCCAGACCUGGGAACGUUUUACAAACUCCGGAUCUGGCAUGAGAAACGACAUCCCUUUGCCGGUUGGCAUUUGAACAAAGUGACUUUAAUGAAAUCACUGACAAAAGAGAAGUAUGAUUUCAGAUGCAGUCGGUGGCUUGACAUCAACGAAGACGAUAAUGAGAUUAUACGGGAGCUGCCUGCUGAGGGGGACCUGGUGGAUGAGGUCCAGCCUUUGGUGAAGUAUAGGAUCAUCAUUUACACGGGCACUGUCAGCGGUAGUGGCACGGACGCCAAUGUCUUCAUCUGCCUGAUUGGCGAACAGGGUGACACAGGAGAUCGCGUGCUCUACGACAGCAAAAAUAACGUCAAUAAAUUUGAGAAAGGCAAUGCAGAUGAAUUUGUCAUCGAGGCUGUAAGUCUGAAGAAGGUGAUGAGGGUGAGGAUUGGACACGACGGUAGAGGUGGGAGCUGCGGCUGGUUCCUUGACAAGGUGGUCGUGAAGGAAGAAGGUGCUCCCGAGUCGCAAGCUGUGGAAUUCCCCUGUUACAGGUGGCUGGACAAGAGCGAAGACGAUGGGCAGAUUGUCCGUGAACUCGUUCCAUAUGGAGAUGCACAGAUGCUGAAAAAUAUCUGCUACCAUGUCAUGGUGAAGACCGGGAAUGUGUCCGGAGCCAGCAGUGAUUCCAAAGUUUUUAUCAAGCUGUACGGAGACAAGGGAGACACCAGCAAACAGCCCCUCGUCACCUCUGACAACGACCUGGGAAAUUACUUUGAACAGGGACAGGUGGACAUUUUCAUCAUAGACACAAUGGACAUUGGAACACUAAAGCGUCUGCUAAUUGGACAUGAUAAUGCAGGACUACGAGCUGGCUGGUUCCUGGACAAUGUUCGGAUUAAGGUUCCGGCCCACGGAAAGGAAUACAUGUUCCCGGCUCACCGGUGGCUCUGCAAGGACGAAGCAGAUGGCAAGACGGAGAUCGAGAUAUACCCCAGUGAGAUCACGGAGAUUGAAAAAUUGAUAAACUACGAAGUGGAGGUGUGCACGGGGGAUGUCACUGGAGCCGGUACUGAUGCUAAGGUCUUCAUCCAGAUGUACGGAAAACUCGGGAAGACUGAAUUAAUCCGCCUCCACAGUCGCUCAGACAAUUUUGUCCGAGGAGAAACAGAAGUGUUUAAGAUGGAGGCGCUGGACGUGGGCAGACUGGUGAAAUUACGUGUGGGCCAUGAUGGGAGUGGUAUUGCCCCAGGCUGGUUCCUGGACUCCAUCAGGAUCAGCCGGCUGAAACUCCAGACUGUGCAGGACGACAAAAAGAAGAAGAAAAAGAAAAAGAAGGUAGAGGAGGAUGUGAAUGCCAUACCGGAGGAAGUGGUGGAGACAUACACUUUCAACUGUCAACGCUGGCUGGCCAGUGACGAGGGAGACCGACAGCUGGUGGUGGAACUCCUGCCAGAAGAUGCUGAGGACCUGGAAGAGAACUCGUACACUGUCCACGUGUUUACUGGGAAUGUCCUAGGUGCAGGAACAGAUGCGAACGUCUUCAUUAACAUCUACGGUGAGACAACUGACACAGGAGAACGACACCUCAAGAGGUCAAAUCAUCUCAACAAGUUUGAAAAAGGACAGGAAGAUGUAUUCAUGGUCAAAGCCAUUGACUUGGGGACAUUAAAGAAACUCCGAAUUCGGCAUGAUAACUCAGGGGGAUAUGCAGCCUGGUUCCUGGACCGGGUGGAGAUCGUCGAUGAGAAGGAUGACACCAGGUACUUCUUCCCGUGUGAGCGAUGGUUAGCUGUUGACGAGGAUGACGGCCAGAUAGCCAGGGAACUGGUUCCUGUCGACGAGGCGUUCCUGAAUAACGAUAUGGACACAGACGGACAGGCUCAGGCAACGCUAGGCUUGGAACAAAAAGCUCAGUCCACCACCUACAGCGUGAAGAUAAAAACUGGCGAGAAAAAGAACGCAGGGACAGAUGCCAACGUGUUCAUUAUCCUGUUUGGUGAGAAGGACGACACAGGAAUUGUCAAUCUCAAGGCAUCAAAAACUCAUAAAAAUAAAUUUGAAAAGGGAAAUAUUGACGAGUUUACUAUUGAGGCCGUGGACAUUGGUGCGCUGAAGAAGAUCCGAAUAGGACAUGAUAAUUAUGGGGGAUGUGCUGGCUGGUUUCUGGACUGGGUGGAAAUUGACGCCCCGUCACUUGGACAAUUGCUGCGAUUCCCAUGUGGCCGCUGGCUGGAUAAAGCUGAGGAUGACGGGUACAUAGUGAGGGACCUUUUCCCUGCAGACCUGCAGACCAAAGACUACAUUCCAUUUGUCCCCUACGAAAUCACCGUACGUACCUCUGACAUAUACGGGGCAGGGACAGACGCCGACGUCUUCAUCGUCCUGUAUGGCAGAGACAGCAUCUGCACUCACCGGAAGUCACUGUGCAUUAACAAGCGAGAGCGGAAGAUGUACUUUAAGAGAGGCGCCGUCAACAAGUUCAUUGUAGAGUUGGAAGAUGUUGGGGAGUGCAUCGAGAAGAUCCGAAUUGGGCAUGAUGGACGAGGCAUCAGCUCUGGGUGGCACUUGGACAGUGUGGAGAUCCGGAGGCUGCUGUCAAAGGGGAAGGGCUCAGAAACGAUAGUUUUUCCCUGCGAGCGGUGGCUAGCAAAAUCCGAGGGCGAUGGGGAAAUCAUCCGAGAACUGGUUCCCUUGGAGAUUAUUCAGAAAAAGCUGCUGAAAGACGGCACGCUGAAGCAGACAGAACACACCGUGGAUGAUGCCCUGGAGACUCACAAAUAUAAGAUUUCUGUCUACACGGGUGACAUCUACAGAGCGGGGACGGAUGCCAAUGUCUUCAUCACCAUUUACGGAGACCUGGGUGACACCGGAGAACGGAAGCUCAGUAAAUCUGACUCACACUCCAAUAAGUUUGAACGAAACCAGGUUGAUACCUUCACCUUGGAAGCCGUAGACCUUGGCCAAAUAUACAAGAUCAGGAUUCGCCAUGACAACAGCAUGGCGAGCCCUGAUUGGUUUCUGGAGAAGGUGGAAGUGGUUGAUAUGGACCUAGAGGAGAACUACCUGUUCAUGUGUGAGCGCUGGCUUUCAAAGACCAAGGAGGACAAGAGCAUUGAAAGGAUAUUGUACGCCAAGGGAUAUGACGGGGAUCGGACCAGUGUUCACAGCUCUGCUAAAAGUCCAUAUGGUUCCUCCCUGAGCCUCCGGAAUCUGAACAACUCUGCCCUCAGCAAGAAGGGCAAACGGAAAAGUAUUCUUGAAGACACUAUUGAGGAGGGCCCAACCAUCCCCUAUCAAAUCUCCAUCACCACUGGCCUGGAACGGGACGCGGGUACCACCAGCAGAGCUUACCUCAUCAUCAUGGGGCCGCAGAAGGUCCACACUGCUCGGAUGUGGCUGCAACUUCCUGAAGGCAAGAAUGGAUUUCAGCCCGGAUCAGUGGAAAAGUUCCAAAUGAUGGGGUUGGAUGUUGGAGACAUCAAGAAAAUCGAGCUGGGUCACGAUGGCGCGACUCCUGAGAGCUGCUGGCUCGUGGAUGAAAUGGAGAUCACUGUGCCCACCAAAGGCAUCAUGUACAUCUUUCAGUGCAAGUGCUGGCUGGCCAGAGACCGGGGCGACGGGCUGACAGCAAGGAUCUUCAGCAUUCUUGAUGCAGAAACUAUCCAAAUUGGCCAGAAGGUGCCUUAUGAAGUAACCGUUGUCACUGGUGACACUCCUAGUGCGGGAACUGAUGCCAACAUUUACAUGUCAGUCUUUGGGGCCAAUGGGACGACGGAGGAGAUGCUCCUCGAUAAGAAUGGUGACAGGUUUGAGAGGGGUCAGGAGGACACUUUCGAUAUGGUGAUUGCCGACAUUGGGCCGCUCAGAAAAAUAAGGAUUCGCACUGAUGCUAAAGGAUGUCGUUCUGACUGGUUCCUGGAUCAGAUCUUCAUGCUGAAUCAGAGCACAAAUGAGAUGACCACUUUUACAUACAACGACUGGCUAUCGAAGACACGCGGCACCAAGCAGUUGACUACCUGUGAGCUUGCUGCUGUAGUGGAUGAGGAGGCGAUGGUGGAGAAAACAGCCUACACCAUUAGUGUGAAAACUAGCGACAUCUCAGGAGCAGGAACUGACGCUAAUGUGUUUCUCAUCAUCUUCGGAGAGAACGGGGACUCCGGCACCCUGGCGCUGAAACAGUCCAACAAUUCCAACAAAUUUGAGAGAAAAGCUUUGGAUGUCUUUAAGUUUGUGGAUAUGCUGAGCCUGGGAAACCUGUCCAAGAUGCGAAUAUGGCAUGACAACAAGGGCCCAGCAGCCGGGUGGCACUUGGAUUUCAUCGAGGUGAAGGAUGAGAGCAUGGAAGAAAUGUUCCGAUUCCCCUGUGACCGCUGGCUUGCCAAGAGCGAGGACGAUGGCCAGAUCCUUCGUGAACUCCCCUGCGCCAACAAUGACAUCCUGGACCUUUCAGAACGCACACGCUAUGAGAUCCUUGUCGUGACCAGCGACAGAGAUGAUGCCGAGACAAAGGAGAAUGUGUGGAUUGUGCUGGAAGGGAAAAAAGGAAAAUCCAAGGAAUUCCUGCUGGAAAACUCAUCCAAGAAGAAGAAGUUCCUGAGGGGGACAAAGGACAAAUUUGAAUUUUCUUCAAAAAACAUUGGCGACAUCGCAACAAUUUUAGUGGGUCACUGUCCGCGAGAUGGGCGUAGAGUCACUUCGAAAGGUGACGUGGACUGGCACGUCCAGCAGGUCAUUGUCACAGAGAAGGAGCUUGGAAACAACUACAUCUUUGAGUGCAAUGCAAAGGUAAAGCUCAGCCACAAGAGAGAUGAUUGCCAGGUCUUUGAGUGCACAAAGGUAUUGGAGAGUUUUGCCAGCAAGGUACGCAGUCUAGUACCCGUCAAAUAUGAGAUUAUUGUACUCACCGGUGACGUGAAGGGUGCCGGAACCGAUGCCAAUGUCUCCAUAACCAUUUUCGGAACGAACGGUGACUCAGGCCUCCGUAGGCUGAAGCACAAAUUCCGGAAUCUCUAUGAGCGCGGCAGCACUGACCGCUUCAUCCUGGAGAUGCUGGAUCUGGGGGAGUUAACCAAGGUGAAAAUUGAGCACGACAAUGCCAAAGCAAAUGCCGGCUGGAUGCUGGAACGUGUUGAGAUUACCAACACCGCUACCGGUGUCACCACCAUUUUUCCAUGUGGCAAAUGGCUGGAUAAGAAGAGAGGAGAUGGGCUGAUAUUCAGAGAGUUAUACCCUAAGUACUAACCUGUGGUAGGAACAUUCCCUCCUCUCUGUGGAAGCCUCUCCUCCAAUGAGGAUACAGACACCUGCCGAGGUGGAGCUACAGACAACGUACCCUAGCGGUGGCUUUUAAUAGAUGAUCAUUAGCAGAAAGGCAUCAUGCUCAUAGGACACUUGAUAAUUUAUUCUUAUCAAGUGUCCUAUGAGCUAUGCAGUAUCAGUUUGGAAAGCUCCGAUCACACACGUGGCAGCCUGAGAUAUGGGGACAGCAGGGAAAAUGCUUACCAUCUCCAAACAGUGUGAACCAGGGCUUGGCUGCUUCAGCUGGGUUGGGUGGGAUUGAAUGGACAACCUCUGGUCCAGCUUUGUUGUGGUUCGGAGAUCCUUGAGUCAAACAGGAACCAUCAUCUUCUUCAUUUCUAAAGUUUGUGACCUCCUCAACCUGUUCAUACAUUUGGCAGAAGACAGCUGAGUAUCUUCCUGUAAUGAGU